AGACCAGUACCACGACCAGCUACCAGCAGUGUUUUAUUUGCCAAAACACUAUACAACUAUACCGCCAAUAAAGACCACGGCCCAGCAUUCAGUGUUGAACCAUUACUGCAGGCUGAUGCCAAAUUUGCGUCGAUUUCUGGAUCUGCACUUCUUCUAUUGCCAUUGUUUACUGGUAGCGUUUGCGGUAUCAACAUUCCAUCGACGCUUAAAUCCCCAACGAAAGAUAUACCGCCUGGAAUACUCAGCAGUCUUGCAGCAGUGUUUAUUGUAAGUUUUUCGGUGAAUUUUUAUAUGCAUCAGUUUCUGGCUGAAUGGAUUCAUAGCAGCAGUGUUGAGGAAAAAGUGCUGUUUUACAAAAUCCUCGGAGAACGCGUCUUUCUACCCGCUUGCAUUUAUUUGGCGCUAAAAUUAUCACUGUUGUUACUACACAAGCAAUUCAUGGAAGAGUGUGCCAUGAACAAAGGUGCCGGUGCGUUUUUGAUGUAG